UCAGGGCCUAUCCCUCACGUCUCAAAUAGUUUCCAAUAUAUCAAUUGACACGCUAACCAUACAAGGAGUUCUUACUGAGAAGGUGCAUGCACUACCCUCAUUUAACAAAAAAAAGUUCCUGCUUCUUCUCUUAUUUUGUUUCCUGUAGCAUGCCUACUUUGACAUAGCAUUUGAAUAACAGAUUGCCAAUUUCAUCUCAAACAUAACAAUGUUCAUCACGGGCCAACUAGCUGCUUUAUACCUCAGCUGGAGACUAGCUAUGGUUGCAAUCCCAGCAUUGCUAAUGUUAAUCAUUCCAGGAUUAGUAUACGGGAAGCUCCUAGGUGAGGUUGGAAAAAUGAUACAAGAAGCAUAUGAAGUUGCAGGGGUGAUGGUAGAGCAAGCGGUGUCAUCAAUCAGGACUGUUUAUUCAUAUGGUGGAGAGGAGAAGACAGCUGAGGACUAUAAGAUUGCAUUACAACCAACUCUUAAGCUGGGGAUCAAACAAGGACUGCUGAAAGGUAUGGCCAUUGGUACUAUUGGCAUUACAUUUGCAGUGUGGGCACUUCAGGGCUGGUAUGGAAGUACCCUGAUCAUAAAUAAAGGAGCCAAAGGUGGAAAUGUUUUUGUUGCUGGAGUAUGCGUUAUAUAUGGAGGACUGUAAGUUCACUACAC